AUUGUCAAUAUAAAUGAUUUUUUUUUUCAAGUUCAUUCUGUACGUUUAACAUAUUUAGUCGGAUUAAACAUUUUAUUUUUGUAAAAAUACAUUUAUUAACAUUUUUCAUGUCCUUUUUAUAGCUUUUUUUAAUCAUAUAAGAAAAUUUUUGAAAAAUCUCCUUUCUCCUAGUAGCAAAUCUCCUCCUCCAUUCCCAACCCCUAGCUUCCGCCAUCGCUUCCCCGGCGCCGCUCAGCCGUCACCCACCGGCGGCACUGCUCAGUCAGCCAUUACCUUCGGCCUCCGUUAUUGUCACAGCGUCGCCGUUCUACUGCCGCCACCAGCCGUGUCGUUUGCCCGCGGUCUGGUCGUCUCCGCCACGUCAUGCGGCGUUUCUAUUCUUCCGAUGCGAGCACGACAGCUGCCGCUGAGCCGCAGCUCUAACUCAUUCAUUCCAGCUUCACAGAAUCCGACCCCAAACUCCGACACCCAUCCAACUCACCAACAACAGCCCCGUAAUUCUGCCCUUGUUUAUGGUUACUCAAUUCGUAACUAUCGUCUUUCAAACAUUUUAUUUCUGUAAUUUUAAUUGAAGUACGCGGUCAUCAAACGACGUCGUCCAAAUUGGGUCGUGAGUUUCGUGACCAAUAAAUUAUCUGCAGUUGUCAAAAUUCUCUUUCAUAAGACGAGAGCUCGAACGCGGACUUUGCCGCCUUAAUGGAGGACUCGCUGCCGCUGCACAGUUUAAUCCUAAAUCCCUCGGAAAUCGCCUAUAGUUUCCCUCCGCACCGCCGCCGGCCUCUCCCUAGCCGUACGUAUGACGCGCUCAUCCAAAUUCUCUCUCUCCACCGUCCGCACCUCCAAAUGCAAGAACCGGCGUGCGGAGAAGAUGGAUUUAUCACUCAUAGUCAGGUCAUAUCGACGGAUAUAUUGGUUCCACAUCCUAAUAGCAAGGGGUCAGAGGAUCAGGUAGUCCAAGAAACCCCUGAUGGCGAGGGCAAGGAAAAUAAUGUUUUUCAGGAUUGUGAUAGUAAACAUGCAACAACACCAAAAUUGCAUCAGCCAGACUUGGCGGGAGACAGUGAGAAGCAAUUAACUCCACCAAAUGAAAUUGGCAUUGAGGACUACAUGGUUGUUGAAGAAAAGGCGGAUGAUUGUGCUGCUCAGAAUACAAAGGAGCUAGAAAAUGUGAAUCGUGUCCUUGACAUUGAGAUGGAUGACUUUGGUACUUUAAAAGAUGUUGAACUGGAGAAUGAUUCAUGUUUUUAUCAGUUCAGUGAAGUUCUUGACUCUUGUUUUGGCUCAGAUGUGGCUGUUGAAUCAUCAGAAUCCAGACAGCUCAGCCAAGAGAAAGGCACUGUUUCGAAGGAGAACUUAGUGAAGAAUAUGGAUUAUGAAUUGCAGAUGAAGGAGAUGGAGCUGGAGAAACUCAUUUAUAGUUCUGGCAAUACAGAGGCGCCGUUAUGUCAAAAUGCUGGAGAGAUUGAAGAAGGGGAGAUCUCUGGGGAUGCUGGGAUCUCUGGAGAGGAAGCUUUAGAAAAUUUGCAUGUUUCCGAGGGUCAUUUUGAUAGAGAUAAACUCCUUCGUGAGGACACAGAUAGAGGACGCCAGCAACACAAAAUUUCUGAUCCAUCACUGGUCAACAUAGCGAAUAUUGAGAGUAAUCCUAAGAAUGUGAAAAACAGAAUACCUGCUAGACAAUUGCAAGAUUAUCAUGAUCUGGAUGUUCUUCGUUCGAGUCAUAUGAAGAUUCCCAAAAGGAGUGAUACACCCCGUUGUUUGGAUAGCCAGACUCCACCUGGAAGAAUCCUUCUGGAGAAAGAUGCUGAAAAUCAAAUUAAUAUUACCACUGAAAUGGACGAAAAUGCCGGAAAAAAUAAAAGGAAGAGAACUCUGACCAAGGAAAGAAGAGCUAAAAAAAAGAAGAAGGAAAGAAUUAAAAGAGCAGAAAAGAACAGAGAACUUGGGGUUAAGAGAUUAAAGCUGCCAACAGUUUUGAAGCCAAAGCAGAUAGUGUAUUGUCGCCACUAUCUACAGGGGAGAUGUCAUGAGGGCGAAAAAUGCAAUUUUUCACAUGAUACAGUUCCCUUGACAAAGUCUAAGCCAUGUGGCCAUUUUGCUCGGCACUCUUGUAUGAAAGGAGAUGAUUGUCCGUUUGAUCAUCAGCUCUCUAAAUAUCCAUGCAACAAUUAUACUUCAAAUGGUUUCUGCAGUAGAGGUUCUGAAUGUAUGUUCUCACAUGAGAUGCCAGCCAAGAGUCCCUCUGUGGCCCCAAGUGCCUCCAAACAUGAUUUGAUUUCUCAGCUGCAAACAGUGCCUGGAAAAGAAGGAUCCCAUCCAAUGCCAAAGGUCAAUAAGUCUGAACUGAAGUCUCCAUCACAACAGAAUAACCAAAAUUCUAGCAGGCCCAUGGAUAGUUUUGGUACAUCUCAUCAGAAAGUUAACAGUAGAUUAUGCUCUGCCGCAAACUCUGCUCAGAGAGAACAGCUAUCUUCGAAGCCUGUUCCAAGGACUGGUGUGCUGGCACCCAGAGGAGUUAGCUUCUUAUCGAACGGAACGGUGCCACUUGGUGACACGGACAAGGACAAACAGGAUGGGUCCUCUGCAAAAACAAUUGAUGGCGUUGGUGCAGGCUGUAAAGGGGCCCUUAAAAUGCCAGGUGCCACCAAUGAGUUGAAUGAGAUGUCUGAGGGGGUAGCUCCAAGGAAACCACGGGGAAUAAAUUUUCUCUCCUUUGGCCAACCUCCUUCAGACGAGCCUACCAGUAAGAUCUUGUCUAACUUGCUUUCCACUUGUAAUGACGGGACACACAAGUCAGCCAUAGAUGAUAUGGGCAAAGGAAAGCAAGGUACUGGAACCUUCAAUGCCAAUAGGCAGAUGAACCAAAGUGCUGUGAACCUAGUAUCAGAAAUGAAGGCUAAUGAAACUCCUCCAACUGCAGCCCAGAAUGUAAAUUUGUUGUCGUUUAACAGAAGCCGGUUAGAUGCAUCGGAAAAAUCCAAUCUUGAUUCUAGUAAAGGUGAGACUGCUUCCCCUUCCUCCCGUGGGCAGACUUGGCCCUUAUUAAAUACACCAAGCUCGGUGCAGAAGGCUGUUCGAUCAACAUUGGCAUUUGCUGCACAACUUGAGGCUGACGUUACAGUUGGAUUACCUCAUCAUCAACGGAUAAGUUAGAAGUAGUUGAGUUAGAAGACGUUGUAAAUAAUCUGUUGGUGCAAUCCUACUACUGCAGCAGCACUGCACUCGGAAGUCGAGUCUGAUUUGAGUCCUUCACUUGGUAUUUUAUGUCAGUAAAUACAAAAAUGAAAAAAUAUAGAAUGUUUUUUUUUUAUGGCCCCCAGAUAUAU